AUGAAACAUGAAAAUACUGACCACAUAGAGACUCCAGUCUCUAUGAACCAAGACCAAAGCAUUGAUUACAAAAGCGUAAUACUUCCUGAUAAUGCUUGGCUAAACUGGCCCAGCUAUUCCUCUGUUGAUCCAAACUCAAAUUUAUUCGACCUCAACCAUAACUUUGCUUCCAAUCUAGAAGCUGACUCCCAGUCUUCCUCUUUUGCUAGAAAACUCAAAAAAAAGCGAGGAAGAAGGCCACUGCGUCCUUAUGAUCCAAUUAAGAAAAAAACUGAAGAAAAAGAUAAAUAUUGGCUUCGUGCUUUUCGAAGUUAUAUGAAAUUUAACUAUCCAAACAUUGAGUCAUCUUUAACUGACGAGGAGAAAACUUUUUGGCUAGACCACCUAGGAGGAAAUGGAAAGCCUGAUAAAGGGAAUAAGUUUCUAUCGUAUGGGAAAAAAUAUAAAGAUUAUCUUUUUUCUCACCAGUUUUUUGUUGAGCAAUUUCAAACCUGGUUUAAUAAUUAUGGCCAGUGUGAGCUGGUCAAAAAAUGCAAGCCAGAUUCCGAUUUGUGGUUUGUGUAUUAUGAUUAUGCAGCUCAGGAACUUUAUAAUUAUACACCUCAUAGAGAAAAAGUGGUAUCUCAGCAGGCGAAUGAAAUCGUAAAUGGAGAAAAAAGCCAAGGAGAAAUUAUGGAGGAAAUGAUGAGGUUCUAUAUGGCUAUGGGAUGGAUGCCUAUGUAA